AUGAAACACACCGAGCACACACCUCUAUUCCCUAGAUACGCCAUGAACCCAAAUUUACAAAUUUUCCUAAAUAAGAAUAAUCUGUACCAUCGGUUACCAACGAAUAUGGACAAUACGUAUGAAGAUGAAUACAAAGAAUAUUACACACCAUCGUCUUUUCCUUUGAUCACAAGUAUUUGUCGUCCUAAAAAUCGUUAUAUUUUCACUCUGAUUCUCGGAUUUUUCUUCAUAUUUGUUCUAUUCUUGAUACUGUUUCGUGGCAAUGAUGAAGAUUUCCGAAUCUACCCGAAAAUGGAUGAGAAACGAACUGAGUCUCCAGUUGUAGUACUCGAAGCUCAAACAUUGGGUGUUCCAAAGUCUGCCGUGAAAUCUGCCUUGGAGAAAUAUCUGAAAUCAAUCGAUCCACAAGAAGCAUAUCCAGAUGAUGUGAACUCGGUGAAACCUCACCAUAUCAGAGUUAUCGGAGCAAUGGGCGACUCAUUGACUAUUGGAUCUCGCGCUCAAAACGUUUUCGACGAGCUUCAAUCUCAAUAUCCUGGGAACGCCUACUUCACUGGAAUGGAUGCGGAAGUUGAUGGGCACUUGACAAUUUACAAUAUCUUCCGUGUCAUCGCUGAAGAAACUGGAAAUAAAUUGUUUGGAGGAAGCACUGGUGUUGGUUAUGGGGAUAAUGCAGGACUUGACGUUGCAAUUGGUGGAAUGAAGAGUGAUAAUAUCCUGAAUCAAGCUACAAGACUCGUUCAGAAAAUUCGAGAGAACAAAGAGAUUGAUAUUGAAAAAGACUGGAAGCUCGUUUCUCUUUGGAUUGGAACCAACGAUGUUGGAAACCUCGGUUAUCGUACCGAGGAACCAAUUCCAGUCGAUGAGUAUAAGGCGAAUAUCGAAAAGGGACUGUCCUAUUUGAAGGAAAAUCUUCCAAGAACCAUCGUCACUGUGAUUGCAAUGUUCCCCCCACAACUUCUUCAGGAAGCUCAGUCAAUUUUGAAGACGGGAAAAAGACCAGAUUCUGAAGAACGUCAACGUAAAAGGGAUGUGUUGUCAGAUGGAUAUAGAAAUGCGUCGUAUGAAAUGCAAAACGAAGGAAAGUUUAACGACAAGAAUUUCACUGUAGUCGUCCAACCAUUUGCAACUGAAUACACUGAUGCAUAUGUAGAUCAGCAAGGUAACCACAACUCGGCGUUCUAUGCUCUCGACCUAUUCCACCUGAGCAAACUGGGCCACGCAAUUAUUGCAAAACAGUACUGGCAGAAUCUCUUCGAGCCAGUUGGAAGUAAGACGAAGAGAGCAAACUUCGGUGAUACGACUCCUGAAAUCUACGAGUUGGAUGAGCAAAACUCUUUCAUCAAAACGGUUGGAAACAGCAAAGCGUGA